AUGGCCCUCGACGACAACGAGAGAAGGCUGCAGUGGCGACUGGUUGUGAGAGAGAAGCUGGGUUUGAUUGAUUUUCUGGGUCUUUUAGGAGAUCAUAGGUACAACCUUGCAAAGAAUGCAAGAGAAGGAUCUCCCAGACGAAUAACUAACAAAUCAGAAGAGAAAGACAAUUUUGAGAGGACACAUGCAGUUCCUUUUACACCAAGUUUAGUGAAGAUUCUGACUUUGUGGAUGGAAUUGAGAAAUGGAGAGGGACGGAUGAGGCAAAUGAGAUAA